AGGACGGCGCCGGCGGGAUCGCUGGGACCUUCCCGGUAGCAUCCGUGAGCGCAGAAAGCCGCGGCAGCUGCGGGCUGCGGCGGCGCGGGAGUCCAGUGCGAGUGAACCACGGCGGAGAGAAGGUCUCCCCAGGACAUCAUGCGGAGUGCCACCAAGCCCUGGAGUCCAGUUGCCAAAGCAGGCAGCCAUGGUCCUGAUCGCACUCGGCCCCUCCCUGGGACCCCUUCCGGCAUGAAGAGUUCCAAGUCUUCAACCUCACUGGCCUUUGAGUCUCGGCUUAGUAAGCUGAAGAGGGCCAGCAGUGAGGACAUGCUCAACAAACCUGGAACCGCCUCAUCAGCGGCAGUACGACUGAAGAAGACCUCAACCUCCGGAGCCAUCUCUGAGCUCACUGAGAGCCGCCUGAGAAGCACCACAGGGGCUGUUCCAACAACCAAGCGGACAGGCAUUCCAGCUCCACGGGAACUCUCAGUAACUAUCUCAAGAGAGAGGUCUGUGCCACGUGGUCCCUCCAGCUCAAAGAAGUUGGGCUCUAGUCCAACUUCCUCCUGCACUCCCACUCCUACCAAGCACCUGAGGACCACCUCUGCGAAGCCCAAGCAAGAGCACGAGAGCACAGAGAAAUCUGUCCUCGAGUCCCAGGUUCGGGAACUUCUGGCAGAAGCCAAAACCAAAGACAGUGAAAUCAACAGGCUUCGAAGCGAACUAAAAAAAUGUAAAGAAAGGUGGGCCCUAAGCACUGAGGACACCAGUGCAUCAGACCCAAGUGCAGAGGGAAUGUCAGCCCCGGCAGGUGACACAGAACCUUUGAUAAGAACCCUGGAGGAGAAGAACAAGACCUUUCAGAAAGAGCUUGCUGACCUAGAGGAGGAAAACAGGGCCUUGAAGGAGAAACUGACUUUCCUUGAGCAGUCACCAAAUUCAGAAGGGGCAUCAAGUCACACUGGUGACAGCAGCCGCCCAACCUCCAUAACCCACGAGUCCAGCUUCGGGAGCCCAGCUGGAAAUGAGUUGUCCAGUGAGACCGAUGAGUAUAGGAGAAACACACAUGGAAGCGCAUUACGGACAUCGGGGUCAUCAAGCAGUGAUGUCACAAAAGCCUCUCUGUCACCAGAUGCCUCAGAUUUUGAGCAUAUCACUGCAGACCCCCCAUCUCGGCCCCUGUCGGCCACCAGCAACUCUUUUAAGGGCUCUAAGUGCUCCCCUACGGCGAGCUCCCCAAAUAAUGCUAGUGAGCUGUCCUUGGCAUCGCUCACUGAGAAGAUCCAGAAGAUGGAGGAGAAUCAGCACAGCACCGCUGAAGAGCUGCAGGCCACUCUGCAGGAAUUAUCAGACCAGCAGCAGAUGGUGCAGGAGCUGACAGCCGAGAACGAGAAGCUGGUGGAUGAGAAGACCAUUUUAGAGACCUCCUUCCACAAGCACCGAGAGAGGGCAGAGCAGCUGAGUCAGGAAAACGAGAAACUGAUCAACCUCUUACAAGAGCGAGUGAAGAACGAGGAGCCUAGCGCCCAAGGAGGAAAAGUCCUUGAGCUGGAGCAGAAGUGCACAGAUAUUCUUGAGAAGAGCCGCUUUGAAAGGGAGAAGCUGCUCAACAUUCAGCAGCAGCUGACCUGUAGCCUACGGAAGGUUGAGGAAGAAAACCAAGGAGCUAUAGACAUGAUUAAGCACCUGAAGGAAGAAAAUGAAAAGCUGAAUGGGUUCCUAGAACACGAACGGUGUAAUAAUAGUGUGAUGGCCAAAACUUUGGAGGAGUGUCGAGUUACCUUGGAAGGCUUGAAAAUGGAGAAUGGGUCCUUGAAGGCUCAUUUGGAGGCUGAUAAGCAAAAGGCUGUAGAGGCCAGCAGUACCGUGGGGCAGACGGCAGAGAACUUCGAGGCUCAGGAGAUGCUGAAAGCGGCUCGAGCUGAGAAAGAUCAAUUGCAACUGUCUUGCACAGAGCUCAGACAAGAAUUGCUAAAGGCAAAUGGUGAAAUUAAACACGUUUCCAGCCUGCUAGCGAAGAUGGAAAAAGAUUAUUCUUACCUGAAGGAGGUCUGUGAUCACCAAGCAGAACAACUGAGCAGAACCAGCCUAAAAUUACAAGAGAAAGCUUCCGAGAGCGACGCAGAAAUCAAAGACAUGAAGGACACCAUCUUUGAAUUGGAAGAUCAGGUGGAACAGCACCGUGCUGUCAAGUUACACAACAAUCAGCUCAUUAGCGAGCUGGAAAGCAGUGUGAUCAAGCUGGAGGAGCAGAAGUCAGAACUAGAACGGCAGCUGAAGACCCUGACGAAACAGAUAAAGGAGGAAACUGAGGAAUGGAGGCGGUUCCAGGCAGACCUGCAGACUGCAGUGGUGGUGGCCAAUGACAUCAAGUGUGAGGCUCAACAGGAACUGCGCACUGUGAAGAGGAGGUUGUUGGAGGAGGAAGAGAAAAAUGCCAGGCUGCAGAAGGAACUGGGGGACAUACAGGGACACAGCAGACCUAUGAGUGAAGGGACAGAGCCCUCAGACGUUGAUGCUGCUGGCCGGUGGCAUGGAGUCUACAUCAACAGAACAUCCCCAGCUCCUCCAGACUCUGCAACCACUGUGAAGUCACUGAUCAAGUCCUUUGACUUAGGACACUCAGGUGGAGCUGGACAGAGUAUUUCCGUCCACAAGACUCCCAGAAGCCCCCUGAGUGGGAUCCCAGUGAGGACUGCUCCGGCAGCUGCUGUCUCUCCAAUGCAGAGACAUUCGACUUACAGCACCAUGCGGCCAGCCAGCAAAGGGAUGGCUCAGCGCUUGGAUCUGCCGGACCUUCCCCUCUCAGAUCUUCUGAAGGGAAGGGCCGAGGACCGGAAGUCAGACCCUUACCUCCGAAAGAGUCCCUCACUGGAGUCCCUGAGCAGACCCCCCUCUCUGGGCUUUGGGAACACCAGACUUCUGAGUGCGUCCACCGGGGGUCUGAAACCAAGCAAACUCAGUGUUGAAAGAAGAGACCCUCUGGCAGCUCUGGCCCGGGAAUACGGCGGCUCUAAGCGCAAUGCACUCCUGAAAUGGUGUCAGAAGAAGACAGAAGGCUAUGCGAACAUUGAUAUCACCAAUUUCAGCAGCAGCUGGAGUGAUGGGCUUGCCCUCUGUGCUCUGCUCCAUACCUACCUGCCUGCCCACAUCCCAUACCAGGAGCUGAACAGUCAGGAGAAAAAAAGGAACCUCUUAUUGGCAUUUGAAGCGGCUGAAAGUGUAGGCAUCAAGCCCAGCCUGGAGCUCAGUGAGAUGCUGUACACGGACCGGCCUGACUGGCAGAGCGUGAUGCAGUAUGUGGCCCAGAUCUACAAGUACUUUGAGACAUAAACAGAAGACCCAACAACAGCCGCUGCCUCUUGGCCUGAAGUUUGUCCUGGAAGCACCUGCUCACUGUCCACCACACCUGCUGUGCCCACCACCUAGCCGUCUGGAUUUCCAAGGAAGGCUUAAGCCAAGUGGACCAUCACUCCGUGGAGAAGCAGAGCUAGCUCCACCAUGUCCCCAUCUCAGAUGCAAACGUGUCUGGAGCCCAUGCUCAGGAAUCCUUGUUCCCAGUGGGAAGUUUCUAGAGAGGCAGGCCUGGCUUCUCACACACUGGGUCUCAAACCCAGGCCCUCUUCUGUGAGAAUCCCAAGGGUUGCCAGUCCCAUUUGCUGCCCACACGUGGCCUACACCCUUCAGUCACCAUGUCUUUUCUUCUUCUUCUCCUUCCUCCUUCACUAAAACCGCUCUAGCUUUGCUUUAUUCAAAACUUUGUCCUUACCAGCUGCUUACCCCCCCCCCC